AUGUCCACCAAUAGCUCCGCCAACCCCAAUGGGACAUUGCCGGAACAAACACCGCAACCCAUUGCCCUCAUUGGAUAUGCGUGUCGACUGGCUGGACAGGUCUCCUCACCCGGCGAUUUAUGGGAAUUAUGUACUCGGGGUCGGAGCGGCUGGACCCCCAUCCCCAAGAACCGAUUCUCCCCCGGGGCCUAUCAUCACCCCGAUCCCUCCAAGCCGGGCACCUUUAACCCCGCCGGAGGUUACUUUCUAGACGAUGAGACCUUGUCUCAGUUUGACGCUCCUUUUUUCAAUGUUACCGUCCAAGAAGCCAUCGCCAUGGAUCCUCAGCAGCGACUACUUUUAGAGUGCUCCUACGAGGCUUUGGAGAGUGCUGGCAUUCCCAAAGAAUCCCUCGCUGGUCGUAACGUGGGUGUCUUUGUUGGUGGCAACUUUGCCGACUAUGAGCUGAGGAAUCUGCGUGAUAUCGAGACAUGUCCUCAGUUUCAGGCCACUGGCAAUGCGCCUUCCAUUCAAUCUAACCGAAUUUCAUACUUCUUCGAUCUGCAAGGUCCGAGUAUUACCAUCGACACGGCCUGUUCUUCAUCUCUGGUUGCAUUGCACUAUGCUGUUCAGAGUCUACGCAAUGGCGAGUCCAAAGAAGCGCUGGUCGCUGGAUGCAGAUUGAAUCUCCUUCCGGAUUAUUUUGUUUCCAUGUCCAUGUCACAAUUGUUUAACGAAGACGGAAAGACUUACUCUUUUGAUGAGCGUGCUAAAUCUGGAUUUGCGCGAGGCGAGGGUGCAGGCGUUGUCCUUCUCAAGCCACUCGACGCUGCACUACGUGAUAAAGAUCCCAUUCGGGCUAUAAUUGCUAAUACCGGUGUCAAUCAAGAUGGACGGACCAAGGGUAUCACCAUGCCCAAUGGAAAGGCCCAAGAGGAUCUCAUUCGCCAGGUGUACAGGGAUGGCCACUUCAACCCAGAUGAUUGUGGCUUUGCAGAGAUGCACGGUACGGGCACCAAGGCCGGAGACCCCAUCGAGGCCACAGCCGUCCAUGGAGCGCUGGGUCAGAACCGCAACGCGAGGAACCCGCUUUACAUUGGUUCAGCCAAGUCCAAUGUUGGCCAUCUGGAAGGUGCAAGUGGUAUGGUUUCGAUUAUCAAGGCGGCCAUGAUGCUGGAUAGAGGGCUGCUGUUGCCAAAUGCCGACUUCAAGAAGCCCAACCCUAAUAUUCCGAUGAACGAGUGGAAUAUGAAGGUCGUCACAUCAACUCGGCCAUGGCCUCGUGGCAAGAAAUACAUCAGUGUUUCAAACUAUGGCUUUGGAGGAACCAAUGCUCAUGCGGUUUUUGAAAAGCCCCCGCCCCCGCCUGAGGCACUGGAAGACCCGGACGACGAUCUUGAUCCUGCGCACAAGCUUUUCUUGAUCUCGGCCAACGACAAGGAGUCUCUGAAGACAAGAAUUAGAGACUUUGGUGUCUACUUUGAGCAGCGACCAGAAGUCUUUGAAAGAUCAUUGUUCGGCAAUUUCGCUCAUACUCUAGGUAGCAAGUUGUCUCACCUUGCAUACCGAGUUGCCCUCUCCGCCACAUCACUAGAUGAGCUUGGUAUUCGCCUGGCGCAGUUGAAAUCCAACUCCACUCGAGUACUGGCCGCGCCAACCAUCUCGUUUGUUUUCACCGGACAGGGUGCUCAAUGGGCUCAGAUGGGCAUGCCGCUUAUGAAGGAAUAUGGUGUGUUUGCAGAGGCAAUGGAGCGAGCGGAUGAGUUCUUGCGACACCUCGGAGCGGACUUUUCUCUCAUUGAAGUACUCGAGAGAGAUACUACCCACUCGGAAAUCAAUUCGCCUCAUCUCAGUCAACCUGCGUGUACAGCGCUUCAGAUUGCUCUGACGGAUCUUCUGAGAUCAUGGGGUGUCACGCCGUCUUCAGUCGUGGGGCAUAGUUCUGGUGAGAUUGGCGCUGCCUAUGCCGCUGGAAUAUAUGACUUGGAAGCAGCUAUGGCACUGUCCUACCGCCGUGGCCAAAUGACCCAGUUACUCAAAGGGUCAUUUCCCUUGCUGCAGGGCACAAUGAUUGCGGUCGGGGCAAGCCCGGACACUAUCAAACCGAUGCUGAAAACCCUGAAGGGGUACGCAACUAUUGCUUGUGUCAACAGUCCUUCUAGUGUGACUGUCUCGGGAGAAGUACCUGCUAUCGAUGAGUUGGAGAGUAUCUUGCAGGCCAAGCAACUCUUCAACCGAAAGCUCAAGAUUGAUGUUGCCUACCACUCUGACCAUAUGAAAAAUGUCGCAGAGGCAUACCUAUCCUCAAUCGAGUCUAUCAAGCCUUCCAGCACCGCAACAGCUACAUUCUUUUCUUCUGUGACUGGCCAGAUUGCAGAGCCAUCUGAGCUUGGAGCAGCAUACUGGGUACAAAAUCUCACAUCCCCAGUCUUGUUCGCCAAUGCACUCACCACUAUGUGUGCCGAGGAAGAGACUCGCCCUAACCUCUUGAUUGAAAUUGGGCCGCAUUCUGCUCUGAAAGGUCCAAUUCUAGACACCAUGAAGACCAUCGGUUCGAUUACUGCGAAGAUCGGUUAUACUCCCACUGUUGUUCGCAAUGCAGAUGCUGCUCAAUCUGUUUUAGAUGCGGCCGGCGCUGCAUUUGUCCGAGGAGCAACUCUUGACAUCAACAAAGUGAAUUUCCCUGUCAGCGGGGGAGCCUCACGCGCGUUCCUACGGGAUCUACCUCGAUACCCAUGGCAGCAUGGUACGAAAUACUGGCACGAUUCUCGUAUCGCUCAGAAGCAUUGUCUCCGCGACGGAACUCGGAAUGAUCUUCUCGGAGCACAGGCAUUCUACUCGAAUGAUUUAGAGCCCACAUGGAGGAAUAUCAUUUGUCUUGACGGUAUACCUUGGCUCCGCGAGCACAAGAUGCAGGGUAUGGCCGUAUUCCCCAUCGCCGGCUAUAUAUCCAUGGCGGUGGAGGGCGCAAAGCGACGUGCAGAGAGCCGGGAUGCAGUAUUCUCUCAGUUCGACUUCCGGGAGGUCAAAACCGGUUCGGCCCUUGUCUUGAGCGAGGAUUCAGACACGGAAACUACCAUCACGCUUCGACCAUUCGCCGAGGGCACACGCGGCAACUCCGACGUAUGGGAUGAAUUCCGUAUCUGUUCCUGGUCCGCCAAGCGAGGCUGGACAGAGCACUGCUCGGGAUUAGUUCGAACCCGCGCGAACAAGAAGCAACAGACCGCCGUUUCCAACGCCGCUGAGACAGAGGUAAACCACUUCCAGAAUCAGAUCGCCUCCGUGCGCACCGCAACAAGGUACAGCAUUGACACCAGCAACAUGUAUCAGGUCCUGGCCGAAGUAGGAGCCGGGUAUGGGCCGGCUUUCCAAGGGCUGGAAAAUUGUUUCUCUAGUCCUAGUCAUUCACGCGCCGAUCUAUUUGUCCGAGACACGAAGUCAAUGAUGCCAAAGCAGUUCGAGGCUCCCCUGGUCAUUCACCCCACUUUCUUGGAUGGCUUGUUGCAUCUUGUUUGGCCGAUCCUCGGAAAUGGCAAGAUGGAACUGGAAACGCUUUACAUGCCCACCAUGAUCAAGAACUUGUCCAUCAGCAACAAAAUUCCCUCAAACCCUGGUGAGUUUGUUAAGGCUUGGUGCAAUGGAGGUCCGAUUCAGCAGACGCCUGAACCUACCAAGUUCGAUCUUUGGGUUACUCCGGAGAACUCGACGGAGGUUUUGAUUUCCAUGGAGGGGUUGAUCAUGACUCCGCUCAAGGAUGCGAGUGCGCUUCGUGGCUCUGAUCCUCGUGAUCUUUGCUUCAAAUUGGAAUGGGUCCCACUUUCGAAGUCUGAUGAACCAGCCAAUGAUGAGCUUAAGGAGCCAAAUGGAAAUGCAGCUCAUCCUCAUACAAAUGGAGGGUCGACUGCGAAUGGACACAUCACCCCAGAUGUCAAGUCACACAUCAAUGGCAACGGUAUCCUACAUCAAAGCGACAUUCUCAUCACACACUUCGGCAAGCCGGACGGUGCUGCGCAGAAACUGAGUGGUGCGAUUUCAACCGCCACCAGCAGUUGGCUGCCAUCAAUUUCUGCCUUCGGCCAAUUCGACUGCGCAGACCAGCAUGUUAUUGUGCUCCAGACCGGAAGCGAGACUCUACGCGACCUUACUUCUAGUGCCUUUGAGAAUAUAAAGAAGACUCUACUCUCCGCAUCACAUGUUCUUUGGGUCUAUCGCGAAGACAGUCCUGACGCGCACAUGAUUGUCGGAUUGACUCGCAGUCUGCGCUCAGAGGCUUUAUCCAAGGUCGCUACCCUCGGCAUCCAGACCGCCGAUCUGGACGACUUAGACCCUAUUCUGGCUACUAUCGAGGCAAUUUGGCCGGACGACGAUGCAAAGCUGAGCAAGGACUUCGAGUUCAAGUUUAAGGGCGGCGAGCUACUUGUCCCCCGGGUUGUAAAUGAUGGUGCCGCCAACGCAUUUGUCCACAACGAGACUCAUGAGCAGACAAUCACGACCCAGCCGUUCAUCCAACCAGGUCGUCGAUUUAAUCUGCAGAUUGCGAGCCCCGGAUCUCUGGACACACUGUACUUCACAGAUGGUAUUCCCGAGCCACUGGCGGACGACGAUAUCGAGAUCGAAGUCAAAGCCACCGGCUUGAACUUUAAGGAUAUUGUUGUCACGAUGGGUCAACUAGCCCAACCAUACAUCGGAAUCGAAUGUAGUGGUAUCGUGACAUCGGUUGGAAAGAACGUCCAGCAUCUGCAGGUCGGUCAACGAGUCAUGGCCUUACCCCUGGGCGCCUACUCUACCUAUGCCCGAUGCAAAGCCACCAGUGCCGCGCCCGUUCCAAACUUCAUGUCUUUCGAAGUAGCCGCCACCGUCCCUGUCGUCUUCUGCACAGCCUACUACGCUCUCUUCGACCUCAGCCACCUCAAAGCCGGUGAAAAGAUUCUCAUUCACGCCGGCGCCGGUGGUGUCGGACAGGCAGCGAUCCAGCUUGCACAGGUCAUUGGAGCCGAGAUUUUUGUGACGGUUGGCAGUGUGGAGAAGAAGCAGUUCCUUAUUGCGCAAUACAAUAUCCCGGAAGACCACAUCUUCUACAGCCGUGAUGUAUCCUUUGGCCAGGGUAUCCGGCGAGCUACGAGCAACCAAGGCGUGGACGUGGUGCUCAACUCGCUGGCGGGUGAUCUCCUCCGAGAAACCUGGGAGACUCUUGCGCCGUUUGGUCGUUUUGUCGAGAUUGGCAAGGCGGAUAUUACGAAGAACACCCGUCUUGACAUGUUGCCUUUCGAAUAUAAUGUUAGUUUCUCGUCGGUGGAUCUGACGAAGGUUGCUUUGUAUAAGCCGGUCUUGAUGAAGAGUCUGUUGGAUCGGGUUUCGCAAAUGAUGAGCCAGGGCUCGUUGAGUCCCAUCUUACCUCUGACCAGCUACAAGAUCUCCGAGCUGGAGACUGCGUUCCGAACAUUGCAGACUGGAAAGGCGAUGGGUAAGAUUGUGAUUGUUCCACACGCAGAGGACCAGGUUCGGGCCGUUGCACCCAAGACCAGCUCCUCGUUACUCAAGGCCGAUGCCUCUUAUAUCCUCAUCGGCGGAACCGGUGGUCUUGGACGAAGCAUGGCUCGAUGGAUGUCAUCCAAGGGAGCUCGAAACAUCGUCCUCGUAUCCCGCCGAGCAUCCAUCAACGACAAGGUCCAAGCUCUAAUCGACGAACUAGCCACAGAUGGAACCCUCGUCGCAGUGAAAGCCUGCGAUGUGAUCGACAAGCAGUCCGUCUCAACGCUGAUAAAUGAAGAUAUGAAAGACCUCCCCCCAGUCCGCGGAGUCAUCCACGGCGCAAUGGUCCUUCGCGUAAGCAUCAUCAAUCCCCAUCCCCAUCCCAUCUACAUCUACAUCUAG